GAGCGGAGGAACAACAGCGUUCAGGGCGGGUGCGCGUCGUGGAGCGGGCGCCUGGCUCAAGCCCAUUGUCUCCUUGAAAGCGAGCAGCUCCGGCGGUGUGGGAGGUGUCCGAGUGGCUGCACUGCGGGUUUGUAAGGCGAGCACAGAGGGAGGGAGAGAGAAAGGCCCUGGGCAGACCUGGCCGAUAGCGGAAAAUGAAUCACGGUCAAGUUUUAAUCAAAUGAGGCGCGUUUUGUUGCAGCUGGACACCAAACCAUUGAUGCGUCUGCGCCGUUCGCGUUCCUGGACCGAGCACGUCGCGCGAACUUCUUUUGUUCGCCUCGCCUGACCAGUUUCCAGUGCGUGCAGGUUUGAUUUGAUUUAGAAGAAUCCAGAGAAAGAAUAUUCACAAGAACACCCCCCUCCCCACCCCACCCCCAAGAAUGAAUUUCCAGUCGGGCGUCCCAGUGUCCGGUCUCUCGCAGCAGUCCCAGCCGGCCAUGCCCGCUCCGGGCACGGUCCCCGCGCCCGUCCCGGUCCCCGUGCCCCAGUCCAUCCCGUCCCAGUUCGGAUCCGGAUCGUCCGGCGCCAGCUCGGGAGCCGGCCAGUUCGGUUCGGGGACUGUGUCGGGCCAGGCAGCGCAGCCCGGUUCGGCCGGCUCGCAGUUCGUUUUGUCCAACUCGGCGGCCAUCAGAGCAGAGAUCCACCGGUUCGAGUCCGUCCACCCGAACAUCUACGCCAUCUACGACCUGAUCGAGCGCAUCGAUGACCUGGCCCUGCAGAACCAGAUCAGGGAGCACGUCAUCUCCAUCGAAGAUUCUUUCGUCAACAGCCAGGAAUGGACAUUGAGUCGAUCAGUUCCAGAGCUCAAAGUGGGCAUUGUGGGGAAUUUGUCCAGUGGGAAGUCCGCCUUGGUGCAUCGAUACUUGACAGGCACAUACGUGCAGGAGGAGUCUCCUGAAGGUGGACGGUUCAAGAAGGAAAUAGUGGUGGAUGGACAGAGCUACCUACUUCUCAUCAGAGAUGAAGGAGGUCCUCCAGAAUUGCAGUUUGCUGCCUGGGUGGAUGCUGUGGUCUUCGUCUUUAGCCUGGAGGAUGAGAUCAGCUUUCAGACGGUCUACAAUUACUUCUUGCGCCUCUCCAGCUACAGAAACACAGCGGAGGUGCCCAUGGUCCUCGUCGGAACACAAGAUGCGAUCAGUGCUGCCAACCCCAGAGUGAUCGAUGACGCCCGGGCCAGAAAACUAUCAAACGACCUGAAGCGCUGCACAUACUAUGAGACCUGCUCCACCUACGGCCUGAACGUGGAAAGAGUCUUCCAGGACGUUGCCCAGAAGGUUGUGGCCAUGAGGAAAAAGCAGCAGCUCUCUAUUGGUCCCUGUAAAUCCCUCCCUAACUCUCCCAGCCACUCAUCAGUGCCAGCUGCAUCCAUCCCCUCCGUUCACAUUAACCAGGCAGCCAAUGGUGGGGGUGCGUUCAGCGACUACUCCUCCUCUGUUCCCUCCACCCCCAGCAUAAGUCAGCGGGAGAUGCGCAUCGAGACCAUCGCUGCCUCCAACACGCCCACGCCCAUCCGCAAGCAGUCGAAGCGCCGCUCCAACAUUUUCACAUCGCGGAAAGCCAGUGAGCAGGCAAAGAGCGUUGACAGUAAAACAGACAGCAUAGGCAGUGGAAGGGCCAUACCUAUUAAACAGGGAAUCCUUCUGAAGAGAAGUGGCAAAUCCCUCAACAAGGAGUGGAAAAAGAAAUAUGUCACACUGUGUGAUAAUGGCGUCCUCACUUACCACCCCAGUUUACAUGACUACAUGCAGAAUGUUCAUGGAAAAGAGAUUGACUUGUUGAGGACAACAGUUAAAGUUCCUGGGAAGCGACCACCCAGAGCUGUGGCAACUGUAGCACCCAGUGCUAGUCCCAAAACCAACGGGUUGACCAAAGACCGCAGCGCCCUGCAGCUUGGCAUCCGAAACGCAGGUGCGCCUCACUCCAACAGCAGCAUCUCCCUGCAGACAGGCGGGGUGGCGUUUGGCGGAAGCAAAGACAGCAUGCACCAGCGCUCCUUCUCCGUGUCCAGCGCCGACCAGUGGAAUGAAGCCAUCAACACCAGUACAAGCAGCGGAGCCCCCAAUGAGAUGUGCGAUCCUGCAAAUGCCAGCAUGGGCAGCGCCACAAGUCCUAAACUUGAGCCACCUCCCUCUCCACACGCCAACCGCAAGAAACACAGGCGGAAAAAGAGCACAGGCAUCACAAAGCCAGACGGCUUAUCUGCAGGCAAUGAUGAACAAGAAGAUUCCUUCGAGUUCAUUAUCGUGUCGUUGACGGGUCAGACGUGGAACUUUGAAGCGACUUCAUACGAGGAGAGGGAGCUGUGGGUGCAAGCAAUAGAGAGCCAGAUCUUCGCCAGCCUGCAGUCCUGUGAGAGCAUCAAGAACAAGUCUCGGUUAGGCAGCCAAAGUGAUGCAAUGGCUAUUCAGUCCAUACGAAAUGUGAGGGGGAACAGCUUCUGUGUGGACUGUGAUGCACCCAACCCAGACUGGGCCAGUUUGAACUUGGGUGCCCUGAUGUGCAUCGAGUGCUCCGGCAUCCACAGGAAUCUGGGCACCCACCUGUCUCGUGUGCGCUCUCUGGACUUGGACGACUGGCCGGUGGAGCUUAGCAUGGUGAUGACUGCGAUCGGCAACGCCAUGGCCAACAGCGUGUGGGAGGGCGCUUUGGAGGGCUACGCCAAGCCGGGGAGCGACAGCACCAG